AUGGCUCUGCUAUUCCCUUUGAUCCUUGCCAUUUGCACCAGACCUGGACUCCAAGAGUCUCCAUCCAGAGUGCGCCUGGUGGGAGGUCCCCACCGCUGUGAGGGACGGGUGGAGAUAGAACAAAAGGGCCAGUGGGGUACCGUGUGUGAUGACGGCUGGGACAUGAAGGCCGUGGCUGUCGUGUGCCGGGAGCUGAGCUGUGGAGCAGCCAAGGGAACCCCCAGUGGUGUUUCAUAUGAACCAUCAGCAGAGGAAGGACAAAGUGUCCUCAUCCAAGAGGUCAAAUGCAAUGGGACGGAAGACACACUGGCUCAGUGUGACCUGGAUGAAGAUGUUUUUGAAUGUUCAUACAAAGAGCAUGCUGGGGCAUCGUGUGAGAAACCAGAAAGCUCUUUCCCCCUAGUCCCGGAGAACGUAAGGCUGGCGGUUGGUCCUGGGCACUGCCAGGGGCUGGUGGAGGUGAAGUACCAGAACCAGUGGAGCACAGUGUGCCAAACAGGCUGGAACCUUCAGGCCGCGCAAGUGGUGUGCCGGCAGUUGGGAUGCGGGAGGGCCCUGAUGACCGAGAGACGCUGCAGCAAGGCUACCCAGGGCCAAAGACGCAUCUGGCAGAGACAGAUAUCAUGCUCAGGACGAGAAGUAACCCUUCAGGAUUGCCCUUCCGGGUCUUGGGGGAAGAACAUCUGUACCCAUGAUGAGGACACAUGGGUGGAGUGUGAAGGUGCCUUUGAAUUGAGAUUAGUAGGAGGAGACAAGCUCUGCUCUGGGCGGCUGGAGGUGCUGCACAAGGGUGUAUGGGGCUCCGUCUGUGAUGAUGGCUGGGGAGAAAAGGAGGACCAGGUGGUGUGCAAGCAGCUGGAAUGUGGGAAGUCCCUUUCUCCAUCCUCCAAAUUCCGGAGACGCUAUGGCCCUGGGGUCGGCCGCAUCUGGCUGGAUGAUGUUCAAUGCUCAGGGGAGGAGCAGUCCCUGGAACAGUGCCGGCACAGGUUUUGGGGGUAUCACGACUGUACCCACAAGGAAGAUGUGGCUGUGAUCUGCUCAGUUUUGCGGAUAACUGAUCAUGAGUGUCUCUUCUCGGUCUUCCACUUUGGACUGGAUAUCUGGUUUUAG